AGUUGGCUGCAGUCAGUGAUCCCGCGCGUGCGGACAAACAUAUCUGCCAAAAAGCCAGCAAACGAGGCUGUAAACAAUUGUAAUUGUGCAAAAAAACAGGCGAGAAAAGUGUACAGCGGCGAAGGGACGCAACAAAUUCGUGAAUAAAAUUUUAAAUGUAUUUAGUGUGUGCCAAAGCGAACAACGUUGCAGCGCCAUAGUGAGUGAGAAAAAUCAAUAAAUAUGUAAUUGCUGAAAUUACAAAGAGCAGAGCAGCAUCAGAUAAAAAGUGUAUUUAAUUAAACCGAAAAACGAAUAAACUUGUGUUUUAUGCAAUUAUUUGUGGUAGAGCUAAUGUGCAAACACAAAUGGCCAUAAAAAGGACGUAAUUUUAUUUUAUGAAUUCAGUUAUGCAACGCAUUCCAAAAUCCAUCGAAGGUUGAAAUUCGACUACUUAGCGCUUCCUAAAUACUCCAAAUCCAGUUUGUACUUCCCGGCCACUUGCCGACGAAGAUUCUAAGGGAAAAUUUGAAAAAAAAAAUAUUUAUACGUGCAACAGCUAAUUAACCACGACAAAAGCAUUUCUUCUCGUCCAGCUGUCGAAACGCCUGUACCAGAAUCUGAUUGCGUGGUUCGCCCACCAGCGCCGUCGCCAGGAUGAACGCGUCCCAGCGUCAGGAGUUUUGUGUGCGCUGGAACAGCCAUUUGGGUAGUAUUGGUGCCGCUUUCCCGCAACUGCUAGCCGGACAACGUUUUGUUGAUGUUACCUUAGCCUGCGAGGGGCAUCAAGUCCAUUGCCACCGGCUCGUUUUGGCCGCCUGCUCGUCCUACUUCGACAGUAUUUUGGCGGAGAAUCCAUGCAAACACCCCGUCAUCAUAUUGCCCAGCGAAAUCAAACUGUGGGAGAUACAGGCGUUGGUCGACUUCAUGUACAAGGGCGAGGUGAAUGUUACGCAAGCUGGUUUGCCGCAACUGCUGCGAUGCGCCGAACAGUUGCGUAUACGCGGACUCUAUGGCUCGGACGCCGCGUUGAAUUUGAAUCAGCUGAAAGCGCUCACAAAUAAGGCAGCCGCGGCUGCUGCAGCUGCGACACAACAGCAAGCGGAUGGCAUGGAUACCGACACAGAUACCGCCACCAAUUCGACGACCACAACGACAGCAACAGCCGCGAGCGCGCUACAACAGCUGCACGCUGGCGGCGGCAUGACCGCAGCCAUGAUGGCGCAUGAACUGCAGCAGCAGCAGCAGCAUCAACAACAGCAACAUCACCAGCAGCAACAAAUCCAUCAACAGCAACCACAACAAAAAUACCAGCACCAACAAACAUUUAUGAUAAAAAAGGAAAUACCUGCGCCGCACGAAGUUGAACAAGAGCAGCAGAUGCAGCAGCAGCAGCACCAUCACCUCCAGCAACAGCAACUAUUGCAACAGCAACAACAGCAGCAGCAGCAAAAACAACAACAACAACAACAGCAGCAGCAGCAGCAUCAGCAACAACAACAACAGCAGCGGCAGAGCAACGGCACACUCGUGCAUAAUGCCAUGCAACAAAAUCACCUGGAGCACCAACAGCAGCUUGCGCACCAGAAGCAGCUACAACAACAGCAAGCACAACAUCAACGCGUGCCGCAAGCAACGCUGGCGCAUGUAGCGAACGCGGCUGCUGCCGCCAUGGCCGCCGCCAAUUCAAACGCCGCCAGCGAAGAGGACGAGUCGGCUGACGAUUCCAAUUCCAAUCAGGCCUAUGAGCAGUACGAAAAAUAUACAUUGCAGCAGAAUAUUGCUGCCAGCAAGUUGAAAGCAGCGCAAGCUGCUUCCGCAGCUGCUGCCGGCACACAUCUCGACUCUACCGUAGAAGAGGACCACAACUACGUGGCAGCGCACGAUGACGACAGCAGUUACGCGGACAAUGAACACGAUAGCUCGGCAAAUGCAUCAUUACUUAGCGUGAUGGGUGUACAGGCGAACAGCGGUGCACCUGGUGUGGGUAGUGUUGGCGAAAUGGCAGGCGGGCUGAAGCGUAUUCGACGCUCCGAAGCGUCGCUGGCGCAGGCGGCAAAGUGUGUUUCGAAAGGACAAACCUUCCAAACAGUCAGCAACAUGUUCAACAUACCAGUCUCGACAAUACGUUUCUACAUGGCACGCAAGGGUAUACUGCCGCGUCGGAAGAGAGGGCGUGGCGCUUCAUCGGCGGUAAAUAAUGCGACAAGCAGCGGCAGCUUGAUGACAGCCACCGCUGCGGCAACUAUGGCACAAGCGUUGUCACAAAUGAAGCGCUCCAGCAGUCCAAGUGGCUAUGAGACGCAUCACGUGGUUAGUAGCGCCAGUGUAGGCGGUAAGGCGCACAUUUAAUUCGACCGGCAACGAAAGAGAGUGGGGCGGAAAACUUUAAAAUUGUAAAUUGUGGAAGCAAGCGAUUUGAAAGCUCUCAACGGUUACGAGUGAGAUUCUACAACUUCAACUAACUGUACACAUAGGCGGGAUAAAAAAGUACUCUUAAAAGCUGUAAAAUUAAGCAAAAAAUUUACAUUCUACCGAAAACGCCAAUUUCUCAUAGUUAUAUUACAAAUACACAUGAUAUUUCAAAACAAAAAAAA